AGCCAAGACAGUCAUCUGGGACAGGUCCUGGUGUCCGGGUCAGAGGUGUUGUUGACCGCCGGUGUAGUCGUCCCCAGUAUAGCAAUUAUAUUAGAAAAAUGGCUCUGUCAUCCACUAGGAUAGCCAAGAAGUUGUCUGGAGCACUGAGUCGAAGUUUUUCAACGAGUAGAGUUGUAGCUGCUAAUCAGUUAACUGUCCGAGAUGCCCUCAACAGUGCUCUUGAUGAGGAAAUGGAGCGGGAUGAGACGGUGUUCCUGAUGGGAGAGGAGGUAGCUCAAUAUGAUGGUGCAUACAAAGUGUCUCGUGGCUUAUGGAAGAAGUACGGGGACAAGCGAGUAAUUGACACUCCAAUCACUGAAAGUGGCUUUGCCGGCAUAGCUGUUGGAGCAGCCAUGGGUGGCUUACGACCUGUUUGUGAGUUCAUGACCUUCAACUUCUCAAUGCAAGCCAUAGAUCAUGUCAUCAACUCAGCCUCCAAGACCUUCUACAUGUCUGCUGGCACGAUCCAUGUUCCAAUUGUGUUCCGUGGACCAAAUGGAUCGGCUGCAGGUGUAGGAGCCCAGCACUCUCAGUGCUUUGGGGCUUGGUAUUCACACUGCCCUGGAUUAAAGGUGGUGUCUCCUUACUCAUCUGAGGAUGCAAAAGGCCUCUUGAAAGCAGCCAUUCGUGAUCCAGAUCCAGUGGUUGUGCUGGAGAAUGAACUCGUCUAUGGCACUGCUUUUGAAGUUUCAGAUGAGGUUCUCACCAAGGAUUUCGUUGUUCCUAUUGGCAAGGCAAAAAUUGAGCGUGAAGGCCAACAUGUAACCUUAGUGGCACACUCCCGUGCUGUUUUGUUAGCAUUGGAGGCUGCAACUGCCCUUGCUGGUGAGGGAGUUGAGUGUGAGGUCAUCAAUUUACGUUCCCUGCGACCCUUGGACGAGGAAACCAUUGUCAAGUCAGUAACGAAGACACACAACCUGGUGACAGUUGAACAAGGAUGGCCUCAAAGUGGAAUUGGCUCAGAGAUUUGUGCUAGGGUAGUUGAAAGUCCAGCCUACCACUACCUCGAGUCUCCAGUAGUGCGGGUGACAGGAGUUGACGUUCCAAUGCCUUAUGCUAAAAGUUUGGAAAUUGCAUGUAUUCCACAACCUCAUGAUGUAAUCAAGGCUGUGAAGAAGGUGCUAAAGAUUAUAAAGUAAAAAUGCACGAAUUAGAAAUAGCUUUUAUGUUAAAGGUUCUGAAAAGAAGAAAUGCGUGUACAUUAUUUGAGUUCCACCUAACAAAUUAAUAUUUGGUGCACCACUUUCUUGCCAAUACAUUUGUAUAUGAAAAUAUAUUUAAGAAUUAUUUUGUAAAAUUGUAUUCUGAAAGUAAAUUAUAAAUUAUUCUAAUAUCUGCAAGACAUGCAGUAUGGAUAUGUGUACUGUACAAUAAUAUUUUGGCUGUAUAUAGUAUUUGUUAUGUAAAAUGUUACAAUGUGAGAAUUAAACCUCCCCAUUUUUACUUUAUCCUCUUAUUGACACCUUUAUCCAUAUGUGUCAUAUUACAUCAAGUUCAAAAUGUAAUUACGCACCUUUUAAUAUGGUGGUCAGCAAAUACUUCUCCUAAUCUUGUCUCGUAAAAAAUUGUAAAUAAAUAUGGUGUAGUCUGAUGGAAAUAGUAAAUAUGAAAGAGAUAAUAUAUAAUUCAUGCCA